AUGAGCUUCGUUACUCGACGGGCGCUGUCGACCCUCAUCCCUCCUAAGGUCGCUUCUCCAAAUGCCAUUGGCGCUGCCCCCGAUGCCCUACGCAUGAAGCGUGUCGUCAGCUUCUACGAGAAACUCCCCCGCGGCCCGGCUCCCAAGGUCGAGGCCAAGGGUCUCCUCGGCCGAUACCAGGCCAAGCAUUUUGCUGGCGAGAACGCCUCCGCCAAGCCCAUCAUCCACGCCAUCGGCCUCAUUCUCGUCAUUGGGUAUCCCAUGACCUACUACUUCCACUUGCGCCACCACAAGAACAACGCCCACUAG